CAGAGCGGAGCCGCGUCUGGAUGGCUGGAUGCGGGAACCCGCUCUCUCUCGCCCCUUGGGCUGUAGGUUGCUCUGUCCCGGUUUCCAAGGCGGCUCCGCUCGGCCGCCGUCUCCGCGCACGCUCCAUUCCAACGAGCGCUCAGCGUCGCUCGGCCGCGCACGACUCGUUUGCACCCAGCCCGGGCGCCCCCGGAGGAACACCAGCCGCCAGCAGCGGCACAGGCGACGCGGAGAGGAACGGGACCCCCGGCUUGCCAUCCGCUCGGCGGCUGCGAGGACGUCGCUUCGGGUUCCGUACUGCGGCCACUUUUACACGGCCGCACGGUGGACGGCAGUUUGACCACGUAGCGGCGACACGGAGGACGACCCGGCCAGCUGUUUUCCUUCUGCUGGAACCCUUCCGCGUGCGGCCUUCCGGGGAAGGCUUCGGCUCGUGAGUGAUCGGUGUGAACUGCUCUCGGCGUAAAAAGAAAAUUAGGAGGUGGUCGCCGUCGUCGGUCCGUGGACGACGUUGUUGAUGCCGGCGCCGGGUAGGACGCCGCGUUUCCGAGCCCCAUCGGCCCUGCCCGGCUCGGCGUUGUGCCCGCGUGUUGACCAGGAGUAUAUUGCCAGAUCUGGAUAACUGUCACGACGGGCAGACGGCGGCGGUGCCGUACUGCUGCCGGGGCGCGGGGGCGCCAUGCGGCGGUGGCGGCCUCACUCGUGGUGGGCGCUCCUGCUGACCGCCUGCUGCUGCCUGCACCUGGCAAACCCGCAGAUACACCUCUACGUGCCUGCACACCUGCCGGAGGAAUCCGGCUACUCGAGCCGCCAGGGCCAGUGUUCGUACGGCGGCGACGACCGGUGCACGUUCGUGCUCCUGUGCCUGUUGUCCGGCGGCACGGCGGCCGGUCGCUGCGGCAACAGCCUGCUGUACACGUGCUGCGUGCGGCCGCCCCGCACGCGGUCCUCGCUGCCCGCCGACCACACGGCGGUGCAGGCGCUCCAGGCGCGAAGCCCGUCCGCCGCGCGAACCGCCACGCAACGCAAGUACUACCACGUGGGCGACGAAGACGUCUGCGGGAGGUCAACGAACAAGCCGCAGAGGAGAAUCAUAGGUGGUGAGGAUGCCCAGUACGGAGAGUUCCCAUGGCAGGCCCAUAUCAAGAUCUCCCGUCAGCAGUGCGGAGGAGCCCUCGUCAACCAUUUCUACGUUGUUACGGCGGCGCACUGCGUACAUCACACGCCGCUGCGGCGAAUCUCGGUGAUCCUGGGCGCGUACGACAUCCAGGACCAGCGGUACCAGUCGUCCCAGGCGCAGGCGUUCAGCGUGCUCGAGAAGAAGAUCCACCCGAACUUCGCCUUCUCGGCGUCGCAGCCGGACCGCUUCGACGUGGCGCUGCUCAGGCUGGACCGGCACGUGCGCUACCAGGAGAACAUCCUGCCCAUCUGCCUGCCGCCCAGGGGGUGGACCUUCGAAGGGUGGCGAGCCACGGUCACCGGAUGGGGAAAGACGGACUCCACGCUCAGUAACCGCUACGGCACGCGGGUCCUGCAGAAAGUGGAGGUGCCCAUCAUAACGCGCAGCGAGUGCGAGCACUGGCACCACAUCCGCGGCAUCCGCAUCAGGAUCCACCAGGAGAUGAUGUGCGCCGGCUACAAGGAAGGGCGCAGGGACGCCUGUGUGGGUGAUUCCGGCGGACCGAUGAUGCUGAACUUGAAUGGUCGGUGGACGCUCGUCGGAAUCACAUCAGCAGGAUUUGGAUGCGCGCAGUCGUUCCAGCCCGGCAUCUAUCACCAAGUGUCCAUGUCCGUCGACUGGGUCAUCGCGAACAUGCAGUGACCGGCAGCAUGACAAACGAAAGAAACUACAGUGUUCCCACCCUAUGUGCAGGCAAAGUGUCCACUGUAAGCGUGCAUUGUUUCAAAUGCCUCCUGGUCAUGAGAGAGUGAAAUAGCGUCACUACACAAGUCCCGCCAAAGGAAAUGAUAGCUUCGAUCCAGCGACCUCUUUGUCAGUUUCUUAGAUACCGUCAAUUGAGGCUCGGUUCAAUUGUUUUACGAACCCAGCAUCAAGGAAAGCUUCAAAUACGGUACCAUACAAUGAUGCAUUGGCAGGAUGGGGCUACUCAGCAUAUGCAUAAGUGAAAUCUUCAAUGUGCCCUGGUCAGCUUUGUGAAACUGUAAUUGGCGCGACCACGAAAUUAUUUGUACAAUACACGUUAUUAUGAAAUGGAGAACUUACGUACGCACCACCGUUCCCUGCACACAUAAAGCACGUUUACGAUUUCUCAAGAGUGACUGCCCACGCAGGAUAUGCCGUCAAAAACUAAUUACGCUCGAAAACCAAUAUUCUGUGUCAUCGUAAGACUCCAGUAUUCACGGUUGGCCGCGUUAGUGUCGUAGUGGUAUAAUUUCGCCAUUUAUUAGAAUCACUCAGGUGUAGCAAUUGAGGCUCUCAGUCGGAAACAUUUAUUCAGAGUAAUGGCAGAGGUGGCAAAAGAAGGACUGAGCUAGCUAUGACAAACCUUUGAAGUUAUUCAUUUAUCGGUGAUGCAGGGUCAGCUGCGGAAUUCUUAAGAGUACACAGGCCGUAGGCAUACGUUGGCGCAAGGGGGCUACUAACCGACUACUUUACUCGCCUUCGCUUAGACUGCCACAUGUGCUUAAAGUACGAAGCCGCUGUGGUUUAACGAUUCACUAAAUUGACUAAACUGCAGAAAAGUGAAACGUCAUUUCUGACACUAUGCUAAGUAUAUACAGACGCGCAACCUUCUACAUUUUGGCCCUUUGAUUUGCUGCUAGCUCCUUGAUCAUAUGCAUCACGAUCAUAUAAUGGUUACCACAAACACCUUUAAUGCGCUAAUUUAUGCAUGUAGGCCCUCUGCAGCGCCCUGUAACUGCUGGCGCGUACCGUCAAGAGAACACCAGUCAUUCUAUGCCAGCGUUCGCAAGUAUAUGAGGGUGUACUACGGUAAAUACCUUCGAAAGAUACAUCCUACACAGUCAUAGCACUAUCCCACAAUGCACGAAUCAUUGGUGCCAAAAUACUUUCAAGCAAACAUGAUUUAUAAAGACAGUAUAUUGGCACUCAUUUUUGCACAUAGUGUUCAUUGUUGUUCGCAACGCCAUAACAAGCGUUAAUGAAAACCUGACGAAACAUACAACGUUUCCAGUCCAAAAACAAGCAAGGAAGAUGAUAUGGUAGGAUAUGUAGGACUUCUGAGCAGAGUCCUACGGUCAUAGUUGAACCGGUGUAUGCUCAGGAUUGAUGCCUGAAUCCCAAUCUGCUUCUUUUCUUUUGCACAGGGGAAGGGAAGGCGGGCACGAAACGAGAAGAGAAACAUUGCAAAGGAAAUGAGCAACACUAAGAAAAAAAAAACAAGCAGCAAAGGUAAAAACACAUGUGCUGCGCGUUCCUACACGGCGCUUAUGUUUUACAGGAAUUGUUACGAAAUGGAAGACUCCCGGGUGUCCGCAAGUGCGAUAGAUUGCACGCACGAUCGUGACUCGAGUACAAUGGACAACAACAGCGGUGAUGACGAACAUCGAGUGAACAGUGUUUGCUGCAGUCCGUGGACAAAGUGCUCGGUGACGAAAGCGUGCGUUGCCCGAGGGAGAAAGAACGCCAGCAACUGAUAUCAAAUCAAACGUUAUCGACCAAGGGACGAUGUGCCAAUCCUACUCUUCCCAGAUGAUGGUACCAUGGCGCAACUUGCUUUUUUUUGUGCGUGUGCGUGCGUGCGUAGCGCGCUCCCUCCACGGUAGAGUGUCCGUGAACUGACGUGUUGUUACAGCGACUCAUUAAAUGUUAGGUAUUUCCAGCA